GAGACGACCGGAUGUAUGAGGCCAUUUUUCACGGAAGUGGACAUGCAAGCAUUGGGCUGACGCAGACUGAUCCAGAUCACUUGAGUGAUAUGCAACAAGCUGUCAGAAACAAUCAGAUAAUUUUGGUUACCGACGUUCGGUUUCACAAACGAGACUGCAGGGUAGAUAUCGUGAAAAAGACAGAGGAUAGAAGAGCGUUUGUGUUUCAGACGAAGUACAAAGAUUCCGCUCCACAAGAGAAGACUUUGAUGCCCGGUGCUGACGUAUGGAUAGUAUUCUACCUAAAAUUUGGAGAGAACAUGACAGCAGAAAUAAUAGAUAAAGACACCAAGGCAGCUUUGCGAUUCCACAGAAAAGUUGACAGAAAUAUUGAUUUACAAAACGAAAGACUUAAGGUAUCUCUGUUGUUUCCAGUUCCUCUCGCUUACGCAGUCCUAGAACACAGACUGGAAAAGCGUCAUUCCGUGCGUGUCAAAACAGAGCACAUUAACGCUAAUGAAAAACCAAGGCUUUAUCACAUCAAAAUAGGUAUCUCCAACAGCGAUGCAAAUGUGUCCAACAAUUUGGAAUUCUGUCCGAACAUUGUAACGAAAUUAGAGAGAGAGAUUUGCAUAGGUGAAUUUGAUAUAUGCUUGUCACCAGAAGGGACAUUUCAUGUACGUAAGGAUAAUAGAUGUAUCUUCACAAAAGCGAUUUCUUCUGAGAUGAAUGUUGAUUUACCGGUGUAUGUCUGGUUUGAAAUUUUCCGCAUCCGGUUGGAGGCAAAAGAAACUAUGUACUGUACCCAUGACUCAGAGCCAAUAGAAAAUCCUAGGGAAAGUGUCAGGGGUAUCACGCCGCCAUAUGCCAAAGUUACAGUAAACGAAUUAUUGAGAACCUUAAAAGGCAUUGAUAAGGAGUUGGAAACGGGAAAAUUUACUGUCGAAGUUCAACAGACUUUAACUGAGGCUACGAAUGAAGUGGAAAAAUAUGUGAACUUUUUCUCUCUUGGAUCUUCAAAAGCAGACAAGGAGGUUUAUGACGAAAAGGACGGAUACAUUACACCCGUUUCUAAAACAAAAUCUUCAUCAAGUUCUGGAAGGUUACCUAUUGAGCACGAAGAUGAAUCGCCCGAUCAACCUUCACUUAGAACUUUACAGCGGAUGUUAAUUCAAAUUGAGAAAACCGCCAAAGCCCACUUUUAUGAAAGACAAACUUCUCUUGAUGAACUGAUGAUUGCAGUAGAGACAAAUCGCGCCAAAAUAGAGGAAGUCCAAAGGUCAUUCGAGAACGUCAGCAUACAACAACCAUCUCCCAUUAG